AUGUCGAGCUUUUUAUCUCGCGCAGGCUCCGACUCACGCAUACAACUGGCCGCCACAGCCGUCAUCUCAGGAGGCAUCGUGGCGGCCGGGAUCCUGAGCUACCAGCGCCUGUCCCACGAGAAGCGAGUCUCGAGACUGAAGGACUCGAUACCAGACCCGAGCGAGGACAAGCCCCCACAGAAGCUCACCAGUCUCGGCACCAUCCCCGCCCCCGACAAAGAAGAUCUCCGAACCGAGGCGCUCGCACGGCGCGCCCAGGCCGGCGACUUUGAUGACGAGCUGAUCCUCGAGCAGCUCGCCCGCAACCGCGUCUUCCUUGGGCCCGAAGGUCUCGACAAGCUCCGCAGCUCGUUUGUGGUCGUGGUCGGCUGCGGCGGCGUGGGUAGUCAUGCGACAGCCGCCUUCUCCCGGUCGGGCGUGUCGAGGAUACGGCUUGUCGACUUUGACCAGGUCACGCUGAGCAGCCUGAACAGACACGCGGUGGCGACCCUGGCAGAUGUCGGGCUGCCCAAGGUCCAGUGCCUGCAGAAGCGGCUGCGGGCCAUCGCGCCGUGGGUGCGCUUCGACCUGCGACAGGAAAAAUUCGACUCAGACAGCUGCGAGGCGCUGCUGGGCCCCUGGGCCGAGGACGGUCGUGCACCGGACUAUGUGAUCGACGCGAUUGACAACAUUGAGACCAAGGUGGCCCUGCUGCGAUACUGCCACGACCACAAGUUACCUGUCAUUUCGGCCAUGGGCGCUGGGUGCAAGAGCGACCCGACGAGGAUCAUCGUGGGCGACAUCAGCAGCAGCACCGACGACCCGCUGUCAAGGGCCACAAGGAGGAAGUUGAAGCUCCAAGGCGUGACACACGGCAUCCCCGCCGUCUACUCGACUGAGAGGACGGCCGACGGAAAGGCACAGCUGCUGCCUCUGGCCGAAGACGAGUUCAAGAAAGGUUCCGUGGGUGACCUGGGACCGCUUCCUGACUUCCGCGUGCGGAUCCUACCAGUCCUCGGCACCAUGCCAGCCAUCUUUGGCCUCACAGUGGCCAAUCACGUUAUACUUCACAUCACAGGCUAUCCUACGGACUACAUCGAAUCCAAAGGGUCCGGCAAGCUCUAUGACUCGGUUUUCUCCACCAUACAGGCCAACGAGGAGAGGCUGGUACGGUCGGAACCGGGCGCCCCAUCAGAUGUCGCAGUGGGGCUCCGGAUCCCCCUGACCGUUGGUGAGGUGGCCUUCUUGGUGGAGGAGAUGUACCGUGGCCGCAGUGCCAUCAGUGGUCUGCCGACCAGGCUGCACCUCAUCAGGUGGAGGAGGCCACAGGACAGCAUCUUGAAGACUAUUGGCGAAGGUGCAGAGCUGCAGAAGUCCACAACACUGAGCAUGAGUGAACUGGUGUGCAUGACGAAAGAAGAGCAUAAAAUCCAUGAGAAGCAGGUGCUGAAGGGUGACAAAGCCCCUGAAGAUCUAUACGAUGCUGAGACCAUCAAAAGGGUAGAGGCUAGGAUGGCAGAGAUCAGGGAAUACGAACAGCAUAGGUGGUGAGUGAGUAAGUGAGUGUGUAUGUAUGAAUCAGACCAUAGACCAACACUAGAUCACCAUUUGAUGCACACACAUA